AUGUCUUAUCAGUACCCAGGAUAUUCUCCAUUUGGUCGUUCGCUUCCAGCUCAUCCUCCACCAUUCGUGGAACCACCACCAGGUGCUGUCUACCGGCCACCGGUAGUUAUCCAUAAAAAUGACCACAAUUCCGAUUGUCAGGACAAGCACAAUAAUGGUUCAAACUGCCAGGAUCGUGACCAGCAGGGACACGCCCACUUCCCCGGGAUAAAUAAUCGUAAGCACCUCUCCAUCGCCAGCAUUCCUACUGCUACCUCACACUCAACCGCUCCAAUGUCGUACUAUCCAAAUCAGUACCCAGCUGCCUAUCCAGGCUAUUCACCUUAUGGACAACACCAACCGUCACCAUAUGUUUAUCCUACACCACCACCACCAGUUGUCUAUCAACCACCGAUAAUUAUCCACGAUGACCACCAUCAUCAUCACGGCUACCAUCAUCACCACCAUGGACUUCUUCAUGAUAUUUUCCAUGGAUAUCAUCAUCAUCAUCGUCAUGGGCACCAUCAUCACUGCUGA